CCCUUUGAUUUUUUUUCCCCAGUUUUAUUGGAGAAUAGAUCCAGAACCCUCUCCUCUUUCUGGACCUUGUACCUCACCUCUCUCCAGGGAGUCUCGCUACCAUGCAAACUGGUUUUUAGCUCUGGUGAAGCAUUUUGACUUUCCAGCGAUGACAUUAGUUUAAAGAAGAAAAUACACAUAUUCACAUUGUUAUGUUUUGAUAGUUGGCUGAGUGUACACUAAGCAAACAUGGACUCUGUCAGAAUUUUACAGCGAGAAGGACAUUUUGCACCACGUGGCUACAUCGUUAUUUUUGAUAUCGUGAAAUCGUGAACACUUCAUCUGAUUUUUCCAGAUUUUUGUGGCAUGAAGGUCUCACUUGUCAUAGAAAAAAUGCCCAAUCUCAUUUCUCAGUACUCUUUCAUUCAAAUUAAGGCAUUUUUGAAUUAGUUUUCUUUCUGAAAGCAAGACUUCGAGGUUUUCUGCACAUUGUUGCCUUAUGUCUUCAUUUCUAGAAAUCAUCUUUUCGUGGACAGCUGGAUAGUUAGAUGUUUUAGUAUUUAGCCUGCUCACUGUAGUGUGUAUAGAACAGAUUGGAGAGACAGUUUGUCGUAAGUACCCACAAACCAAAAUAUGGCAGACAAGUCUAAUUUUAGGCUUACCAGCCUGAAGAAUCUUUUUUUUUUUUUUGCCUUCCAUUGAUGUCUUUUUUCUUUGCUUAUGGGAGGUCUGUUUUUAUGUGUGUGCACUAAGACAUUUUACUUCUUUGUUUUGUAAUAGUUUAAAAUAGUUUUAUUCUUAUUUUUCAGUUCUCACUUUGGAGCCACUUUAUUUUUAUAGUGUAAUUUUUUUUUAAUUAGCAUUAAUCAUCUGAGUUGUCUAGCCUUCUAGCCUCGUCUUCUUCAGUAGUAUUUCCACUGGUGCCUCAAAUGUAUUUCUGUGUAUCCCGGCUGUUUAUGGAGUCUUGAUGUUUUUCUGCAUCCUUUUGAGUGCUUUGUUAUUAUUAUUAUUAAGAUGUACACUUAAUGAGUUGUGUCUAAGUACCCCUGGCCCUCUUAUGUGGAGGUGGAGAAGAUCACCUUUUCUGGGAAAUUUGGCCUUCUCACCAAGGGAACUGUAUUCUGAAGAUCUGUAUCUAUUCAGGAGGCAAUUUGUUUGCUUGUUCUAUGCUAAGGUGUUGAUUUAAUUCAAAGCCAGCCUGUGGGUGAACAUAGUCGGGCAGAGAAACACCAGAUCCCAGUUAGCCUGGGACAGUGAAAAAAUAAAUUACAUUUAACCUUCACCCCUUUACAUGUCACCUCCUCAAACAAACAAAAACAAAAAAACAACCCCAGUGCCCAACCUGUUUUGAGCAGUGAUACUAUUCUUGCUCUGAGGACUGUAUGGCAAGUUAUACCGAAUAUACUUACACAUUAUUCAUCUCAUCGGAAACCAUUCCAUUUUUCUGGAUAAAAUCAUAGUGCUUAAAACAUCAUUUAAUACAAAUUUAGCUGCUUAAGGGAAAAUGGUGGGGUUUUUUUUUUCAACCCAGUAAAACUAUAAGAAUCGCUCUCAAGCAUAAACACAUUUCACAGUGGAUUUUCCUUUCUGCAUUUCAGCAAAAUAAUUCUUAUGCUUUGGUGGAGCCCUAAGAUUUGGGUGUCAUCGUUAAAAAACAGUCUUUCUUGGGAUUCUUUGAGAAUAGUCUUGAAGUGGCUGCGCUGUUUCAGCUUCUGCACAAGGAAGGAGUACAGUUUAUUCUUCCGUUGUAGUUGAAAAUAGCUGAUUGUAGUCAAGAACAAACAGUUGCCUUGGAGAAUGCAGCUUAGUGAACACAGAUUUAUCUUCUCUUUUGAAUGCUCAAGUCUGAAUACCACAUUCAGGGCCGCUUGAUUCACUGAGUAAAAUGUGCAGGUGUCCAGAGUCUCCUCUUAGUGGGCUGCCAGUGCUACUCUGGGAUAGGUAAAGCUCUGUAGUCGAGGCAAUAGAAAUAGCAGGGUCAGAAGAAGUGACUUCUUGUGCUAGCUUUCAUUCUGUUUUUAGAUUGGGGUUGGGAGGGCCAUGGUGGCAAGCUCAGACCAGUGGGAAUGCCGGCACAGUUAAGUAGUCAGCAAGCAGCUUUUCCUCUUCAUAUCCCAACCAGAAUUGGCUUCCAUGCCACUCCCAUUCAAAGACAAUAAGAAAAAAAAAAAACCCAAACACCCUAGAGGAUCACAGAAGCACAAAAGAGGUGGAGGGGAGGGAAUCUGGGGAGAAGAUCCACUUCUUCAUACUUGGAGGCCUGAAAAUGUUUUCACCUGGGCUUGACUACGUUACUAAAUUAGCUUUUAAGGACCAUUCGUAUCUCUUAAUGAUAAUAAAGAUGUUUCUCAGCGUCUGGUUAUCAGCUUUAGAAUUGUCUGGAAGUUAAGGAAAAUGCCGAAAUGUACAACUUAGAUUCGUGGAACCUCGAAAGGUGACAGUCUUUCUGGAGGUCUUGUUAAACAAAUUGGGAAGCAAGUGCUGGCCAUCCAUCUGCUGCCAGCCAUAACAGAGAGGAUUGCUAAAUGGUCACAUUUCCUCAUCUCAGAUUCGGAGGGAUGCAUCACACCCUGUGCUAUCCAUACAGGAUGAAAGAAACAGGAUUCACCUUUUACAAAUGCGGGAAUGGGAUCUAACCUGAACCUUUUGGGCGAGAUCGAGUGUGAUGCCAGUAUAAUGGAUGGAAAGUCCUUAAACUUUGGAGCAGUUGGAGCGUUGAGUGGAAUCAAGAAUCCAGUUUCAGUUGCAAAUAGAUUGUUGUGUGAAGGGCAGAAAGGAAAACUCUCUGCUGGCAGAAUUCCUCCCUGCUUUUUAGUUGGAGAAGGAGCCUACAGAUGGGCAGUGGAUCACGGAAUACCUUCGUGUCCUCCAAGUGUCAUGACUACAAGAUUUAGUUUAGCAGCUUUUAAGAGAAACAAGAGGAAGCUAGAGCUGGCAGAAAGGGUGGAAACAGAUCUCAUUCAACUAAAGAAAAGAAGACAAUCAAGUGAAAAGGAGAACGACUCGGGAACUUUGGAUACAGUCGGAGCAGUGGUGGUUGACCAAGAAGGAAAUGUUGCUGCUGCUGUCUCCAGUGGAGGUUUAGCCUUGAAGCAUCCUGGGAGAGUUGGUCAGGCCGCUCUCUAUGGAUGUGGCUGCUGGGCUGAAAACACUGGAGUUCAGAAUCCCUAUUCCACAGCUGUGAGUACCUCAGGCUGCGGAGAGCACCUUGUCCGGACCAUACUGGCCAGAGAAUGUUCACGUGCUCUGCAGGCAGAAGAUGCUCAUCAAGCUCUGUUAGAGACUAUGCAAAACAAGUUCAUCAGUUCACCUUUCCUAGCCAGUGAAGAUGGUGUGCUUGGAGGAGUGAUAGUUCUUCGAUCUUGUAGGUGUUCGACGGAGCCUGACUCUUUACAAGAUAAGCAGACCCUUCUAGUGGAGUUUCUAUGGAGCCACACAACUGAGAGCAUGUGUGUUGGAUAUAUGUCAGCCCAAGAUGGCAAAGCCAAGACUCACAUUUCAAGACUUCCCCCUGGAGCUGUGGCAGGACAGUCAGUGGCAAUCGAAGGAGGGGUGUGCCGCCUGGAGAGUCCCGCAAACUGAACCCCUCGACUUACUGGCUCAGUGUGAAGUGUCUGAAUGCCUUUGCCCGUAAUGAACUUUUUUGUGUUUUAGCAGAUGUUGAGUGUUUUAUCCUCCUCAUUUUAUAAUCCUUAUCGCAUCCACGUGCACCAUACCUUGAGACACAAGUGCUGCUGUAGUCCGUAAUCUUAGUGAUGUGUGAUUGUGUGUGUGUGAGGGUGUGUAUGUGAGCUAUUCCCCCGCCCCGCCUAAGUGGAACAGGACUUCCUUUUCCCCAUGUGCAAUUGGAGAGCAGGUAUGAUUAAUGAAAUUGCAAAAUAUAAAUUUUCAUUGUUUACAAAACAAUCGAAAGAUAUGGGGACAACUUUUGAUUUAGAGCUGUAGCAACUGUCAUUCGUGUCAUUAAUUGAAAAUUAACAGAACUCAGAUCUAGUUGCUAAGUGGUUCAGUAGUGAUAGCGCUGCACUGUAAAAAAAAAAAAAAAAGAGUUUGUUUUUUGUAAUGGUUUAAGUGGAUCCAGUGGUGACUUAAACCCUGAUUUUCAUCCCUAAUACAGGGUAUUUUUAUUUAACAGAGAAUGGUUUCAGUGAAACAAUCUUGUGCAGAAUUAAGGCCAGACCUUUUUAAAACUAAUCUACAAUUAAGGUUGAACCUCUUUCCUCAAGCUUUUAUAAGCUUAUAUGUUGCAUAGCUUCAAGCUGUAUGUACUGUAUUAUGAAAAGAUACUUAAAGAUAGAGUACAGUAAUGCACAGUCUUUAUUUGUGUAUAAUGGAAUGUUAUUUACACUGUAACUGUAAAUAAGAAAACAAAGUUUAUGGAAAAAUUCAAUAUUAUCUUUGUUCCUUGUUUAAAUAUAUUUUUAAGAUAAAGGUACAAAAAUAAAGCAAGCAAAUUACUGAAUGCACUAA